CAGCCUGCAAAAGUGACAAAGAGUAUUUAUUCUGUGAGAAUUGAUUUGAAAGUGAAAUGCAUGCAAAAUAAAUAGGGUUUUCUAAAUAUGUUGUGUGUUUUUGAAUGGAAAGAGAACAUAAAUAUUGUCUCGCAAUCCCAGCUCUGCGAUUAAAACUUCUUGGGAAACAGUUUGUGUACGCCUGUGAGCUGUGCAAAGCCGUGUCACGUUGCCAUACCCAGGCAAUGUGCCUGCUAAAGCUAAGGUCGUUUCUGUUCCGAGGCCUGGACCUGGCUGUCCACAUGGGCGCAUGGAGCACAUGCGAUUAUUCGGCAUUUUGGUUUACAAUUCAUUGGAUUUGCCAGUCUAUUUGCUCAACACUUGGCCAAAACAAUUGGAAAUGCAAAUGGUACUGGAAGCAGGGUGUGGGUGACGGCGAGAAGAUAAUGGCGGCACGGGGUGCUGGUCAGAGCCGCGGCACACAAAAUGCACGCAGACAACAAUGA